AUGGCGAGUGGCGAGAGUAGUCGUAAGAAAAAGCGGCGUGAACCACCACCACCGGGUGCUAAGCCGUGUCCAUCCCGGUUUGUCCCACCUGACGUCGGCAGCCAGCCCUUACCGUGGGUGCCUCGCGCUGGAUACGACCAUGAGAUGGGACAGGAUAGCGUCCACGUUAAAGCUGUUAUGAAUAUGUACCCUGAAGGAGAAGGAGAUGGUAACUGCAGCAAGUUCCUGCCUCUAAUGCAGAACAAGUCCUGGACGAAGGGCGUGCCCUUCCGCGACUCCUAUAUGCACGCCAGACCUUCGGAGUCUAUUGGUAACUGUUAUACGGCGACCACAAAAACUAUUCGUUCGAUCAACAUGCCUCCUAAGAGGAAGCCUCCUCCAGAACUGUAUGGCCCUCUGGGACCUAAUGGAGAAAUGCAGUUUCCUCCUCUCCAGCUUGUAGCGCAGAGGGCGAAGGAAAAACGGCAGAAGGAGCUAGAGGCAGAGAGGAACAAGACUACUCUACAGAAAGGUUUAGUAAGGCUAGAAGAUCUGAUAUCUGGCGAGUAUGAUAGAAAGAAAGCUGCAGAAGCCGAAGCCAAGCGGCUUCGAGUUGAGAAGAGGAAGCUCGCCAAGCAAGCUGCAGAGAUAGCAGCGCAGGAGGAGUUCAAAAGACGUCUAGCUCGUUUAGAGUUCGAGCUGCCUAGAGACCCGGACCAGCAGAAGAAAGAGAUGCUAGCCAUCACCGAGGAGGAGCACUACAGGUUCAUCUCGCCUGACGCCUUGGAGAGGAUCGAGUUCUAUCUCUCUGUGUCGCUAUCAGGAAAGCAGCUCCCGGAGUACCCGGUGGAGCUGUACAAGCGCGCCAGGUUGGCGGUGGACAAGCAGACCGAGUGCAUCAAGCAACGCAUGCUAAUCCUCACGUGGCAGGCCAACGUGCGGCGGAGCGAGGCCGAGAUACGGGAGUUCUUUGUUAUGGCUAUGAAGAGAUGUAUCCUGCAGUACAUCCUGGAGGACGGGGCGGAGCGCGUCCGGCUGCAGAUCCCGUUCGUGCCCCCGCUGUGGCCGGCGCACGUGGUCCGCGCGCCCGUGCCCUGGCACACGCCGCUCGUCAAGGCGCGGGAGGCGCUCUCGCACAGAUACUUCCUCGGGAACCCAGUACUGCUCGAGCUACGGAGGAUGUGGCACGAAAGAUACCAAAAUGUAUACAUAGUUGACAUGAAAAAGAUGCAAGCAGAAGUACCAUUCCCUCAGUACACGCACGAGUUCACAGAGAACCUGAACAGGCUCUGUCAGGAGAUGAGGACCGAGCUGGAGGAGAACUGGUUGAUAGACGUGGCCGACACCAUGAUCAAGAUGAGGCACCACUGGGCUGGGUACGUCGCUAAGAAGAAGAGCGAGUCCACCUUCAAAGUGGAGACUUUUUUCAGAUGUAUCCGUGCGCUGAUGUCCAAUCAAAUCCGGGACCUCGUGGAAAGGAGUGUCGCGCACUUCGCUAAACAUUUAUGUUUUUAUUCGGAAGGUAACGCCUACGAGGGUCCGUACCGCGACUACAUGUUCAUAAAGCGGCCCAUAGUCCGUGUGAAGGUGAUUGCCCACCCUGGCAGCAACCAAAUCACCUUCGACCCUGGCCUUGAGAGCAUCAAGACCUUCGUCAUCAAGUGGUUCCAGGCCAUCAUCAACGUCUCCCAAGCUUUACCGUCGGUUGAUAAGAUCAUGUAUCCAACGACGGCGCGUCCGGAGCCGAUGUUGAUGGGCGUGUUUGCGGACGAGCGCUACAUGAUCGACGUGAUCAGCGAGGCGGUGCGCCAGGUGUCCAUCAACAAGCCGGGCCCGCGCGCCUUCCUCGCCAGCUACAACGACUACUUCUACAUACUCAAUGGAGAAGCCAAGCAAGAUCUACUCGCUUUCUUCGCACAGGAACCCCCGCCAUUUUUGAAGGACUUCUCAGCCCGCAUCUACAUGUACGAGGAGCUUCGCGACGAGAUCCUGUUCCUCCGGCGCGACAUUCCGCUGAACAUGGUGAUGCUGGACUGCGGGCCCAUCAACGACACGCUCUGGGACAUCGUCAACGGUCUCCGGCAGUACAUCGUCGACCACUUCAUCAAUAUCAAUAGGAAGUGGAAUAGAAGUAUCUGCAACAUCUACGAGGAGAUGGUGGCUCGAGCAUCGGAGACCCCGGAGACGACGGCGCAGCUGGUGGAGCUGAUCAACUACAUCAUGGACUGCCGCGACAGCGCCAUGUUCGACCUCCGGGAGAAGGCGCGGACCACCGCCGAGCAUGUACUCUUCCUCAUGCAACAUGCACAUCUUACUUUUGAGGAUGUGAACCUGAAUACCAGAGUGUUCCUCUGGCCCCUGGACAUGGAGGAGACAAUAGAUCUAACGCUGAAGACCCUCAACACAAAGAAGUCCAUGGCUGAAGACAAGCUGAGGAGUCGGAAGACCAUCUUCGAGGAUAAACUGAAGAAGCACGAGAAAGACUUGGAGCUGUUCCGUAGGUUCGACCCUCCGUUGCUGAACCUGGACUUGCUGCAGGAUGCCGUUGAGAGGGUUGACGCCAUAUUCAAGAAUUUGAUAGAAGAUAAACACGAGGCCGAGUACAUAAUCAACGAGGAGACACUCCUCGACCAGGAGGUGUCGGUGUACUUCAGCCUGCAGACCAUGAUCUCGGGCAUCGAACCCUUCCACAAACUCUGGCAUACCGCAUACGACUUCUAUGACGGCUACGAGAAAUGGUACCAUGGUCCCUUCCAAGGUCUGAACGCAGAGCAGAUAGCGGAGGACGUGGACGCCUGGUGGAAGCUGCUGUACAAGCUGGGCAAGCAGCUGUACGAGUACCCCGGCGCCAAGCGGAUCGCUGACAUGGUGCGGAACAAAGUCGAGAAGUUCAAGGUCCUACUGCCUGUGCUCUGCGCUAUUUGUAAUAAGGGCAUGCGCGAGCGUCACUGGGCGAGGAUCAGCGAGCUGAUCGGCGCGGAGGUGGUGCACGAGGAGAGCACGACGCUGGCGGACAUGGUGGAGCAGGGCGUGCACGUGUACGCCGCCCAGCUCGAGGAGAUCGAGCAGUACGCCUCCAAGGAGUACGCGCUCGAGAAGGCGCUCAACAAGAUGAAGGACGAGUGGGUCGGCGUCAACUUCGAGGUCGUGCCGUACCGAGAUACUGGUGUGGGUAUCCUAACGGGGUUGGACGACAUCCAGCAGCUCCUGGAUGACCACAUUCUGAAGUCGCAGACUAUGCGCGGCUCCCCGUACGUGAAGGCAUUCGAAGCUGACAUGGUGGGCUGGGAGGAGAAGCUCAUCAGCAUGCAGGAUAUACUGGAUCAGUGGCUCACGUGCCAAGCCACUUGGAUGUACCUGGAACCCAUCUUCUCGUCUGAGGACAUCAUGAGGCAAAUGCCGACCGAAGCAAGGAACUUUCGCGACGUGGACAAAGAAUGGAAGACCAUCAUGGCUGCCACGCAGAAGUGCCCCAUGGUACUCGAGGCCACUGACUACCCUGGUUUGCUGAAGUCGUUGAAGUACAACAAUGUACUCCUAGAGGACAUCCAGCGAGGCCUCAACGAUUACCUGGAGAAGAAGAGGCUGUUCUUCCCCAGAUUCUUCUUCCUAUCCAACGAUGAGUUGCUGGAGAUUUUGUCAGAAACGAAGGACCCGAUGCGAGUACAGCCUCACCUGAAGAAAUGCUUCGAGGGCAUCUACACGUUGGAGUUCAACGCGGCGAAGGAGAUCAUUGGCAUGGCCUCCUCAGAGGGAGAGUCGGUCAAACUUUCCUCUACUAUACAGCCUGCUGAUGCCAAGGGCAUGGUGGAGCGCUGGCUGCAGCAGUUGGAGCAGCAGAUGAUAGUGUCGCUGCGGGACGUGGCCAGCGAGGCCAUCGCCAGCUACGCCACGCUGCGCCGCGAGGACUGGGUGCUCGUCUGGCCCGGACAGAUCGUGCAGGCCGGCUCCUGCGUCGAGUACACCAUCGAGACGAUAGAAGCAAUAGAAACGAACACCAUCCCGGAGCUGAUAGAGCGCAGUACGAUCCAGAUCAACGGGCUGGUGUACCUCGUACAGGGGGACCUCCGGCCCGGGAACAGGAUCACGAUCGAGGCGCUCAUCGUGCUCGAUGUACACGGCCGGUCAAUCCAGGAGGAAUUGUUGGAGCGUAAAGUGAUGGACAUCACGGACUUCAACUGGAUAUCGCAGCUGCGGUACUACUGGCGCGGCGAGAAGAUAAUCUGCUCUAUGAUCACUACAGACGUGGAGUACGGGUUCGAGUACCUCGGCAAUAUUGGGCGGUUGGUGGCGACACCGCUCACCGACCGGUGCUACAGAACUCUAAUGAGUGCUUUGAAACUGAACCUGGGUGGUGCUCCCGAGGGUCCAGCAGGUACGGGUAAGACGGAAACAACCAAGGACUUGGCCAAGGCCGUGGCCAAGAAGUGCGUGGUCUUCAAUUGUUCCGACGGACUCGAUUACAAGGCGCUCGGCAAAUUCUUCAAGGGUCUAGCCCAGUCGGGCGCGUGGGCAUGUUUCGACGAGUUCAACCGUAUCGAACUGGAAGUGCUUUCAGUGGUGGCCCAGCAGAUCCUCUCUAUCCAGCUUGCUAUACUGCGUCGGGAGAAGCGGUUCAUCUUCGAAGGGACGGAGAUCAGCCUCAAUCCAAGUUGCUCUGUGUUUAUUACUAUGAAUCCUGGUUACGCGGGACGCACGGAGUUGCCCGACAACUUGAAGGUGUUGUUCCGUACGGUGGCCAUGAUGGUGCCGGACUACGCCAUGAUCGGGGAGAUCACGCUCUACUCCAACGGGUUCGUCCACGCUGGACCGUUAGCCCGUAAGAUAGUCCAAGCCUACAAGCUCUGCUCUGAGCAGCUAUCCUCGCAGAACCACUACGACUACGGCAUGCGCGCCGUCAAGUCCGUACUGCUGGCGUCAGGCGCGCUGAAGAAGAACUACCCUGAAAAGGACGAGGCACAGCUCGUACUCCGAGCCAUCAUCGAUGUCAAUAUGCCCAAGUUUCUCUCACAGGACGUGCCCUUGUUCACGGGUAUCUACACGGACCUGUUCCCGGGCAUUGAGAUCCCGCAGCCGGACCGCGCCGAGCUGACGCGCUGCAUACGCAAGGAACUCGAGAAGCGGAACCUGCAGGCCACUGAUUGGUAUCUGGAGAAGAUUAUACAGAUUUACGAGAUGAUGUUAGUCCGACACGGGUUCAUGAUAGUGGGGCAGCCGAUGGGGGGCAAGACGCAGGCCUACCAGUCUCUCGCGGAGUCCCUGCGAGCACUACAGCUGACCAAGCCACCGCCCAGACACAAGGAAUUCGGGGCCAUCUACCGUAUCAUCAACCCUAAAGCCAUCACCAUGGGACAACUUUACGGCUGCUUCGAUCCUGCUUCCCAUGAAUGGUCUGAUGGGGUACUGGCGAUAGCAUUCCGUGAGUACGCAAUGUCAGUGACCCGCGAUCGCAAGUGGAUCAUAUUCGACGGCCCCGUGGACGCCGUGUGGAUAGAGAACAUGAACACUGUACUCGAUGACAACAAGAAGCUCUGUCUCAUGAGCGGGGAGAUCAUACAGAUGACGAACAAAAUGAACUUGAUCUUCGAGGCGGCCGACCUGGAGUUCGCCUCGCCGGCGACGGUGUCGCGAUGCGGUAUGAUCUACAUGGAGCCGGAGAUGCUGGGAUGGCGAGCGUUUCUAAGUUCGUACAACGUUUACCUAACCAAGAAGUUGAUCCCGGAGCAGUUCGAGCUGAUCCAGGAGCUGAUCGACUGGCUGGUACAGCCCAUCCUCGAGUUCCUGCAGGCCAAGUGUACAGCGUUCGUCAAGGUUGGGGAGAUACACCAGUUCCAUUCGUUCACCCGACUGUUCACGUGCCUGCUGGACGCGGAGAGCCAGUUCAGCACGGUGUGGCUGCAGUGCACCUUCGUGUUCGCGCUGCUCUGGGGACUCUGCGCCAUCAUCAACGGUGAGAGUCGCAAGAUAUUCGACGCGUUCUUCCACAAGUUAAUCGACGGCAACAACGCGCGCUACCCCAAACCGAAGUCGUUCAAGUUGUCCAAGAACCAGUUGUUCCCCGACAAGGACACUGUGUUCGACUACACGUACGACAAGAGGAACAAUGGCACCUGGAUAUCCUGGAUGGAGCUGGAGAAGGAGGUUCCAUUGGCGGCUACUGCUAAGGUGAACGAACUGAUCAUCCUUACGAAUGAGAACGCGUGUCUCCGGUUCUUCGUGAGUAACAUGGUGAAGGCCAACAUCCCGAUCCUGAUAGUCGGUCCGACGGGCACGGGCAAGUCGUCCAUGGUGCUCAACUACUUACUCUCUCUCCCCAAGGAGAAGUACAUCACCAAUGCCAUCACCUUCUCCGCUAGGACUACUGCUAAUCAGACACAAGACAUCAUUAUGUCAAAAGUGGACAGAAGACGUAAAGGUGUGUUCGGACCUUCAAUGGGGAAAAAGUGCUUGUUAUUCGCGGAUGACCUGAGCAUGCCUCAGAAGGAACAGUACGGUGCCCAGCCGCCCCUGGAGCUACUGCGCCAGUGGAUAGACCACGGACACUGGUACGACCUCAGGGACAUGGUACGGCAGGAGGUCGUCGACAUCCUGGUGGUAUCAGCGAUGCUGCCCCCCGGCGGCGGGUCCAAUCAGAUCUCGUCCCGGCUGACGCGGCACAUGCUGGUCGUAACGCUGGAUUCCUUCGAGGAUAACACCCUCAACAAGAUCUUCGGCACCAUCAUGGAUUGGCACUUCUCUAAGGGAUUCAUUGAAGCCUUGCAAAGGCAGGCCAAGGCGGUAGUAGGAGCGACAAUGGAGGUAUACAAGACAGUGACCCUGCAGUUCCUGCCGACGCCCCAGAAGUGCCACUACCUGUUCAACCUGCGGGACUUCGCGCGCGUCAUCAAGGGAAUACUCCUAGUGCCGGCCACACACAUGAAGGACCUCAACAAGCUGGUCAUACUGUGGAUACACGAGGCCUACCGAGUCUUCUACGAUAGACUCGUUGACGAUGCUGACCGUGUAAGACUAUACGAAGUAGUAUACAAGGCGGUAUACAACAAUUUCCGCGUGCACAUGGACGCCGUACUGCAGGAGAUGGGGUUCAUCCCGGAGGGGGAGAAGUGCAGCAACAAACACGCCUGCAACAUCUUCUUCGGGAACUACAUGGAGCCUGACGCUGAUCCCAAGAUAUAUGAUCAGGUACUGAGCCUGGAGGACAUGGCAGCCAAGAUGGAGUACUACUUGGAGGAGUACAACGUGGUGUCCUCGUCCCCGAUGUCGCUGGUCAUGUUCCGCUACGCCCUGGAUCACAUCUCGCGCUGCACCAGGGUGUUACUGCAGGAUAAUGGAAACCUGCUUCUGGUGGGAGUGGGUGGCAGCGGCAGGAGCAGUGCCGUGAAGCUGGCUGCCAGCAUACUGGAGAUGAAUGUUGUACAGAUAGAAAUAUCCCGACUGUACGGUGUAAACGAGUGGCGUGAUGAUGUCAGGAAGCUGUUGAUGAAGGCCGGCAUCAUCGGGAAGCCUCUUGUCUUCCUCUUUGCUGAUAACCAGAUUAUUUACGAGGGUAUGGUGGAGGACAUCAACAUGUUGCUGAACACGGGCGACAUCCCCAACCUGUACGGCAUGGACGAGAAGGUCGAGAUCCUCGACAAGAUGCAGACCGCCGUCCGGGAAUCCGGUAAAAAACUAGAAACAACUCCGCUGGCGAUGUUCGGUUUCUACGUGGAGCGAGUGAAGGCCAACCUGCGCAUAGUGCUCUCCAUGUCCCCCAUCGGGGACUCGUUCCGCAACCGACUGCGCAUGUUCCCCUCACUCAUCAACUGUGCCACCAUCGAUUGGUUCACAGCAUGGCCAUCGGACGCCUUGGAGCGAGUGGCGCACAUGUUCAUCUUCGAGAUGGAGGAUGUGGAGGACGAGCUCCGCCUGGCCUGCGUCGACAUGUGCCAGCUCUUCCAUACAUCCGUCGUACAGCUUAGCGAUAGGUACGAAACUGGUCUGGAACAGCUGGACUUCGCAGCCGGCCAGGUGGCGGUGAUGCAGCAGAACCUCAGGGACUUGCAGCCACAGCUGGUGGAAACAUCAGAUAAGACUGAGAAGCUCAUGAUCAAGAUCGAACAGGAUACUGUCGUUGUUGAGAAGCAAAAAGAGAUUGUAGGUGCAGAUGAAGCGUUAGCCAACGAGGCGGCUGCAGCAGCUCAGGCCAUCAAAGACGACUGCGAGUCUGACCUGGCUGAGGCUGUACCGGCUCUGGAAGCUGCACUCAAUGCCCUUAACACCCUGAAGCCAGCUGAUAUCACCCUCGUCAAGUCCAUGAAGAACCCGCCGGGUGGAGUCAAGCUGGUCAUGGAAGCUGUCUGUGUGAUGAAGGGGAUCAAAGGAGAUAGGAAGUUCGAUCCUAAUGGUAAACCGUUCGAAGACUACUGGGGUCCCUCGCUGAAGAUGCUUGGAGACAUGAAGUUCCUCGAGAGCCUGAAGAACUACGACAAGGACAAUAUACCGCCGGCAAUCAUGAAAAAGAUUAGAGAGAGAUACAUUCCGGACCGUGACUUCGAUCCUGCUGUGAUCGCGAAAGUAUCGUCUGCGUGCGAGGGUCUAUGUCGGUGGGUGCGUGCCAUGGACGUCUACGAUAGGGUCAUCAAGGUGGUGGCCCCGAAGAAGGCGGCGCUGUUCGAAGCAGAGUCGGAGUUGCAGGCGCAGAUGAACACGCUCAACGCCAAGCGCGCCCAACUACAGGCUGUACUCGACAAACUGCAGACUCUAAACGACGAGUUCGCGGAGAUGACCCGCAAGAAGAAAGGUCUAGAGGACGAGAUCCACAUUUGCUCCACCAAGCUGAUACGAGCUGAGCGGCUCAUCGGUGGACUUGGAGGGGAGAAGGCGCGGUGGACCGAACUCGCCAAGGAUCUGCAGGAGUUGCUGUCUAAUAUUAUAGGCGAUGUAUUGCUGUCGGCGGGAUGUAUCGCGUACCUAGGUCCCUUCACGGUGAACUACAGAACCGAGGUCAUACAGAUGUGGAACAGGAGGGCCAGGAUAUUACGUAAGAAUUUAGCUUAUUCUUCUAAGCAGUUAAUGGGGAUCCCAUGCUCGGAGACGUUCUCCCUGAUCGCAACUCUGGGCGAGCCAGUAGUGAUCCGAGUGUGGAACAUCGCGGGGCUGCCCGUGGACAACUACUCCAUACAGAACGGUAUCAUCGUGGAUAAGUCGCGGCGAUGGGCGCUCAUGAUAGACCCGCAAGAGCAAGCGAAUAAAUGGAUAAAGAACAUGGAGCGCGACAACCAGCUGAAGGUGAUAAAGCUGACGGAUCCCAACUACGCCAGGGUGCUGGAGAACGCCAUCCAGCUCGGCUUCCCCGUCAUGCUGGAGAACGUACGGGAGACUUUGGAUGCACUGCUGGAACCUGUGCUGUUGAGGAACGUCUUUAGGUCUGGUGGGGUUGACUGCUUGAAGCUGGGCGACAGCAUCCUGGAGUACAACUACAGCUUCAGGUUCUACAUCACCACCAGGCUCAGUAACCCACAUUACUUGCCUGAAGUCGCUGUGAAGGUGACCCUGCUGAACUUCAUGAUAACCCCACAAGGGUUACAAGACCAGCUACUAGGUAUAGUAGUGGCACAAGACAGACCUGAGCUCGAACUAAAGAAGAAUCAGCUAAUCGUCGAGGGAGCGCACAACAAGAGGACACUCAAAGAAAUUGAGGAUAAGAUUCUAGAGGUGCUAUCGUCAGCCGGCAACAUUCUAGAAGAUGAGUCAGCGAAUCAGAUCCUGUCCUCGUCGAGGGUGCUGUCCAUCGAGAUCGAGGCCAAGCAGGCGGCGGCCACCAUCACGGAGGCCGAGAUAGACAAGGCCCGGCUCCAGUAUGUCCCCGUGUCCCAGCAUAGCUCCGUGCUGUUCUUCUGUAUCUCUGAUCUCGCCAACAUCGAUCCUAUGUACCAGUACUCCUUGGUCUGGUUCAUAAACCUGUACAACCAGGCUAUAUUAAACUCGCCCAAGUCGGAAGUACUAUCAGAGAGGCUGGACGGUCUGAACGCGUUCUUCACAAAGAGCAUUUACGACAACGUCUGCCGCAGUCUGUUCGAGAAGGACAAGCUCAUCUUCUCUCUCGUUCUCACACUCGGUAUACUGAGGUCUAAGGGUAAACUGGACGAUGAGCUGGUGGCGUUCCUGCUGACUGGUGGCGUGGCGCUGGACAAUCCGUUCGAGAACCCGGCGCCAGGCUGGCUCUCUGAGAAGGCGUGGUCCGAGAUUAUCAGAUGCAGUAAUAUGGAUGCGCUAAAAACCUUCCGCAACCACUUCGAGAACAACAUAAGCAAGUGGAAGAGUUUCUACGACCUGUCGGCGCCCCACGAGCACCCCAUGCCGGAGCCCUUCGACCAGCUCGAGGGCAUACCCAAGCUCAUCGUGUUCAGGUGUAUCCGUCCAGACAAGCUGAUCCCCCUCGUCCAACAGUACGUGGUCAAAGAGAUGGGUCAACCGUACAUCGAGCCGCCCCCCUUCGACCUGGACAAGUCCUACAACGACAGCAACUGCUGUUCACCCUUGAUCUUCAUCCUUUCCCCAGGGUCUGACCCCAUGUCUGGGCUCGUCAAGUUCUCUAUGGAGAAGAAAGUCAUUAGCUUCGAGACCAUUUCUCUUGGACAAGGACAGGGUCCGAUAGCAUCGAGCAUGAUAUCGAAAGCGAUCGUGUCAGGAGGCUGGGUGGUGCUGCAGAACUGCCACGUGAUGACGUCAUGGAUGGGCGAGCUCGAGCGCAUCUGUGCGGAGGUCAUCGUGCCGCAGAACACAAACAGCAACUUCCGAUGCUGGCUUACUUCUUACCCCAGUACUUCGUUCCCUGUUACUGUGUUGCAGAAUGGUGUAAAAAUGACAAAUGAAGCCCCAAAAGGUUUAAAAAACAACAUCUACCGUUCCUACGUGUCGGACCCUAUCUGCGACCCUGAGUUCUACAUCUCGUGCCCUCGCACGGAGGACUGGCGCCGCCUGCUGUACGCGCUGUGUUUCUUCCACGCCGUAGUGCAGGAGAGGAGGGCCUUUGGACCUCUCGGCUGGAACAUACAGUACGAGUUUAACGAGAGUGAUCUCAGGAUCUGUGUUAUGCAGUUGCAGAUGUUCCUGACGGACUACCCGGAGACCCCGUUUGACGCGCUGAACUACCUGGCCGGGGAGUGCAACUACGGCGGCCGCGUCACCGACGACAAGGACCGGCGUCUCAUCAUGUCACUGCUCUCCAUCUUUUACAACGAUCAAGUCACUACCGUGCCUGACUACUCGUUCUCCCCGAGCGGGGAUUACCGCAUGCCGCCGAGCAUGGACUACAACUCGGUGCUGGAGCACAUCCGCGCGCUGCCCAUGAUCGCCAAACCUGAGGUCUUCGGACUACACGAGAACGCUGAUAUCACCAAGGAUAACAAGGAGACCGCCGCGUUGCUGUUCGGUACCCUGCAGACUCAGACGCAGAUAGUGAUGGGGGGCGGCGCGGAGGGCGGGGAGGGGGGCGGCAUCGUGGAGCUCACGCACGACAUGAUGGAGCGUCUGCCCGCCUUGUACGACGUGCUCGCCGUCUCAGAGAAGUACCCCGUGCUUUAUUACAACAGCAUGAACACUGUGCUCAAACAGAGUGAGGCGAGAGUGACUGUCAGACUCGUACUGACUAAACCCCCCGUUCCUUCUCCUGCUGUACCCUACAACCCCGGCUGA